AGACGCGAGUCACGCCCGCUGAAGUCGGGCAGCAGGAGUCAGAGUCGCGCGCGCGGUGAGUCGUCGGUCGCGGGGAUGGAAGCGGCGGAUAAGCGGUGAGCGGCAGCGGCUCCGUGAUGCGGCGGUGUGUGACUUUACUGCUGAUCGCACUGACGGCGGGCAUGAGCGUGGCACUACAGAUCCAGUGCUAUCAGUGUGAAGACGUUAGGCAGGAUGACUGCACCUCGCCAGAGUUCAUUGUCAACUGCACAGUCAAUGUGCAGGACAUGUGUCAGAAGGAAGUGCUGGUCAUGGAGGAUGGGAUUCACUACAGGAAGUCAUGUGCGUCGUCAGGGGCAUGUCUGAUCGCAUCGUCAGGCUACCAGCAGUUCUGCACGGGGAAGCUGAACUCCGUCUGCAUCACCUGCUGCAACACGGCGCUCUGCAAUGGCCCACGGCACAAGCGGAGAGCCGCAUCCCAUGCCGGCGCCACAGCCUCCAUAAGCCACUACAUCGCCCCUCUGCUCGGCCUUUUCCAGCUCUACCUCUGCUCGCACUGACCAGCACACGUCUGAUGUGUGUCUGUGUGUGUGAAAGAGAGACUCACGGGACGGAGCGGAGUGACAGAGACAUCUGCUGGCAGGAGCAGCUCUCACAAAUUACAGAUCCUGUCUUCUUGCUUUCCUUCAUUCUCAUUAUUAAUGGACAUUUGGGCGGGCCUUCCUCAUUUAAUCCCACCAAUCACAGCACAUACACAGAGAAAAACACCCGUGCUUAACUGAGAGCAGGACAAUCCUCAUCAUCAAACAUCAUCAGCUAGAAUUAUCUCUAGACAUUACUCAACUAUAAUUUAUAUCAUUAUAGUUCUCAAUUACAUUAUAAAUUCUACAUUUAAUUCUAUAUCUAUAUUGUAACAGAGCCA